UUUUUUGGCUGCGAAACUUUGUCGACUGCCCCGGCCACACGCCGCAGCCAUGUCCUCUUUCUUCACCGUCCCUGCCUCGCAGCGCAAGAGGAAGCGAUCCGACCCUGCUCCCGCCGGCUCCAAGAAGCGCAGCACCGCUGCUGCGCACUCGCACGCCCACAGCGCCGCCCGCCGCAGCGAGCGCGACGAGUCCAUUUCCGGGAGCGACCAGGACUCUGACGGCGAGCGUGAUGCCGGCUUCUUCGACGAGCCUGAGGGCUCCGAAGCGUCCGACGACGAUGACGACGACGAGACCGCGGCCGAGAAGCGUCUGAGGCUCGCCGAGCGGUACCUUGCGAACAUCCGCAACGAAGUCGAGGAAGAUGGGGGCUUCGACGCAGCAGACGUCGAUCGCGACCUGAUUGCCGAGCGACUCAAGGAAGACGUCGCAGAAUCAAAGGGCAAGAUUUACCGACACAUUGCCGAAGAGCUGGACUUCGGGCACGCAUCACAUGUGUUCAGCAAGUCAGGCCUGCAGAAGGCAGUCACCGGCUGUGCGCUCCGUUUACCAUACGCCUGGACCGUCAGCAAGGACUUGGUGGUCGAAAAGUGGGAAAUUGCAGAUCCCGCGAUAUACAAUGCACUGGAACCAAACCAGCCUACCAACAUCGCCCGACGACGCAACCCCAAACGGCUUUGCUGGAGGAAGGGCAACAAAAACAUGAAGGGUGACAAGGACUACCUCGGUCACACUGGCGAGAUCAUUUCGAUUGCUGUGUCGGAUUCAGGGCGCUUCUUGGCUACGGGAGACAAGCAUGCUCGCCUAAUAAUAUGGGACGCCGAUACCCUUACACCGCAGAAGCUUUUCACACGGCACCGCGAUGCUGUCACCUCGUUAUCGUUCAGGAGGGGCACGGAACAGCUUUUCUCCGGAGGCGCAGAUCGCGCGGUACUGGUAUGGGCUGCUGCAGAGUCUGCCUAUAUAGAAACGUUGCACGGCCACGAAGAUGUAGUCAUCGGCGUGGCAGGCGGACUGGAAGUGAACCAAGAAACUUGCGUUAGUGUUGGAUCAAGAGACAGGUCUGCGAGGCUAUGGAAGGUGGUCGAGGAGAACCAAUUGGUGUUCAGAAGUGGAACGAACACGCGUCAAAAGGGCUUGGACAAGCUACGAAAAGGUCGCUUUGGGGGCACAACAGACGAUGGGCCGACUGCCAACGGUGAACGGCAAGAGGAAGAAGACGAUGAUGUUGUGUAUGCCGAGGGCUCCGUGGACUGUGUCGCUCUCCUCGAUGCAGGAUUGUUCGUCACGGGUUCGGACAACGGAGCUCUGUCACUAUGGUCAGUGAACAGGAAGAAACCUCUACAAACUAUACGUCUUGCACAUGGGCGAGACCCGCCACUUCCGCCAGAAGAGAUGUCAGCAAACAGCGAUGCUAAGUCAUCUGCGAGGCCUGGGCCGAAGCUACCGAGAUACAUUACCGCAAUUGCAACAGUCCCGUUUGCGGACCUCAUUCUCACAGGCAGCUGGGAUGGCUGGAUAAGAGCGUGGCGCGUCGGAACGGACAAACGCAGUAUCGAGCCUGUGGGAAAGGUUGGUCGCAUACCUCCUGAAGAGGUGGACGGCACGACCGUAAAUGCUCAGUCGAGCGACACCAUGGCCAUCAUGCGAGGCAUAGUGAACGGUCUUUCCGUGCAGGAACGGGGCGAACGUGGAAAGGAUGGCCUUUGUGUGGUUGCCGCAGUUGGCAAGGAGCCUAGAUUGGCCCGAUGGAUGACUGCCAAGGCACCGAACAGUCUACAUAUCUUUGAGGUCUCGAAGAAAGCCUUGGAAAAUGGUAUUAGCGGGGUGCCACGGGAUGAAGAAGAUUAGGACUUGGUUAUCGCCCGCCUUUCGAUUACCGUCAAUGAUACCACUUGCUGUGCGAGAGCUGCCGCGUGAUGCAUUUGAUCGAGGGCCUCUACUUCACCAAGGUCACAUGUUCUUGAGAUCGCUAUGUAGUCGUUGAUUUGAGCGACACCAUCGUCAAGGUAACAUGAAUGCUGCAAUAUCUUGCCAGGAUAAAUUGCAGUUCAACUUAGCCCUAGAUGUACAACAU